AUGGAGAUGUAUGCUGAUCCCCUUUCUAGAGGGGGCGUCUUAGAACCUGAGGGACUGGAGAUAAAGUUCAAGAAGAAGGAUAUUGUGAAAGCAAUGUCACGAUUGGAUUCUACCAUCCAAAUACUGAACCAGUCUCUGAAUGAGCCAGACCUUCCACCAGAACAACAGGCUAAUAUUAAAAAGAAAAUCGAGAAAGAGACAAGACUUAUUACAAUGUACCAUCAGUUGACAGUAACUUUUGCUGAUCUUCAUGAUACACCUGUUAGGAUGCAAGAAAAGACUUACUUGUGGGACAAUGACAUAGCAGUAGCUGAGUGGCUAGACCUACAGAUGGAAGGUCACUGGUCCAAUGAAGCUGGGAAAUCACUGCCAGAGGAAGGCAGUACAUCUUAUCUCUUGGAGAAUCUUCAACUCAUGAAGAGAGAUGCUGCAAUCUCACAAGUCAAGGAUGUUAUAAAGGAAUUCCCAGAGAUUGCAAUGGACACCAUUGUGCACAUCAUCCGCCGCAUGUCACCAACACAGCGUGCAGACACUCUCAAGGCUCUCAAUAAUAUGGAUAUUGUUAGUCAACAAGCAGAACCUGUUACUACACCAGACCCACAAGAGAAUUCAAACUGA